AUGUCGCAACCUGUUGGCCUCACAGACUCGAGAAUUGUUAUGGCAGAGAAGAGCAGCCACGAUGUGGUAAAUCAAACCCUGUCGGGCGGCGAGCCUUCGCCUUCCGACGUUCCUGCGAGCACCAACGACAAGAAACCUGCCGGAGGGGACGUGGGGGAGAUCAAAUAUACCGCAACAACUACGCAGCUCGAAACAAUCACGAACGCCGAACAAGGUACGCAUGAUACGAGUUUAUCUGAGACAUACAGUGAAAAGAAUGCUACUGGGAAGGAUACGGAACAAUCGACGACCGAUAUUUCAAGGCAAGGGCCUGGGCCAGUGGCGACAAGGGCGCUUGAAUUAAAUGGAGUAGCAUCAGGUUCUGAUUUUGGAGAGGAUACGGCUUCCCAAGGUGGCUCAGAAUCCGACGCCAGUCGAACGGAGAGCAGACUUAACUCGCGUGCAAGUUCAACAAAGAGGCCGACAUCAUUCAAGCCAGUCUCCUUCGCAAAGUUUUCAGUACCCAAAGCUCCAGGAACGCCUUCGACAGCUAAGAUUGCCGAGAAAGCUCCGUCUUCAACCACCCCGCUGGGUGUACCGUUGCAAAGCUCACGACCACGCUUGGUCGCGAAAACUACUAGCAGUCUACGCGAUUCAUUAUCGAAAACAGGGACGAGUGCGGCGAGGCCAGCUGGAAGUGGGCCCGACCCAAAUCAAGUCUGGAAUAAGAAUCGACCGAUCCAGCAGACUCCGCCGAAACACUUGACGGACGAAGAGCUUAAGCAGCAGUAUGGAAUCCACAUGACGUCGCGUAUUCAAGAAGAUGGCGGUGGAACAGAGGCAAAGUGGGCCGAUAUUGAUGAUGAUGAAGACGACUGGGCGCCGGAAACAAUUGAAUGGACUGACGGAACGAAGACAAAUCUGUCCCAAGUGGAACACACUGCGGCAACAAAGCAAGAGAACAAGCCGUCGAUGGAACCCAAAAAUGACUUUCCGCCUCCACGCCCCGAGCAAGUUCCCGCUAUUAAAGAGGCUACCAAAUUUGUCCCAAAGCCUACGACUUCGGUUGGACCGAACCCCACUGUUCUUAGGCUGGGAGCAAAUGCGGAAAGGCAGGCAAAGAGCGCAAGCAUUUCUUCUAAAGGCACUAACGAGAAGUCGCCGUCACUCUCUACAAGUCCGGCACCACCCCCAGCGAAGUCACCAUGGGCUCCUCUUCCACCAGUUGAGAAAAUAUCUCCUGUUAUACCUCCUGUGCAAGUUCAACCUCAGGUACAUACUUCGUCCAGAGAACCACUUCCAAUCGACCGUUAUAGCGGUGUUACUCAUCCGAAGGAGAUAGCUGCGGACGAUUUCAAUCGGUCAUGGAAGGACUCGCAGUCUGGUAUCCGUGAGCUAUACAACUCCCGGUCGGGUCGUUAUGAGCCAGUAUCUGAAACUAGGAAAGGAUCCUGGCGCACUGAACAGAGCUUCCGCACCCCAUCCGUGUUGCAGCGGUCAGUGCCGGGUGAACAGGCAGGACCUGCGGAGCCUUCACCCGCGUUUCAGACACAUAGGUCAAGUGGACAGGAUGGCAUUCACUGGACACGUCGACGCACUUCAUCUAACGUCAGUGGAGGAAGUGGCAGCUUUGCACGUCGGAUGUCGAUUGGUCGAACUGACGCAACCCAACGGCCAUUUGAAAUUAGAAGAGGGUCGCAGGCCAACGGUAUGGUUGAGCCCCCGUUGCCAGGCUUGGUACCUCAACAGGAGACGCCUUUGCGAGAACCUUCUCCUGCUCGACGUGGCCCCGGUCAUUCCUGGACUCAACGCGGUGCAGCCGGUGUACAAGAGGGUGCACCUGAUGGCACGAGUCAGCCAUAUGUUCCUCAUGCUGUUAACCAAACUGCGACCCCGCAAGCGCCCCAGGAAGAUCCAGUUGUCAUGCAAGAACGGAUUAUGAAAGAAAAGAGAAUGGAGGCUCGGCAGCGAAGAAUAGAGCAAGAAGAAAAGGAGGAAGCUGCCAAACGAGAAAGGAUCCGGCAAAAGCUCGAAGCUCUUGGUCCACCUCCCGAAAAGCCCAAGGCACAGCGCAAGGACACUCUGGAAGGUAGUAAGCCUGACACGAUUCCCUCACCUGGUGUUACUCACACAUCGUUGUCCCCUCCCAAACCCCCGGUUCCGGAACCCUCGGGAGAGCCAAAGCAAUAUGGAAUGAUGAAGGUUCAUCAUCCCGACACUGUGAGAAAAUUAGUGGAAAGAGCUGCCGAAAAGUCCUCACCGACGGCCAAUGCCCGGCGCGCCCCUUCACCUCCCCGGGAACCUAAACCGGAUACUACCACAACGAAUGGACUCCAACAGCCUGGUGACUCUCAAAAACAAACGCCUGAAAAACUGUCAGAGAACAAGCUCGAUGAGCAAUCAACCCAGUGGAGGGGUGGCCUCAAUGCUUCUAGUUCGUACCCACCGUGGGCUCCCAAUGCCAAAUUAGUCGGGACCUCUCCUUCCAUAGCGAACCCUUGGAAACCUCUUAGCAGUGACAAGACUUUGGGUAAUGGCAUAUUUGAACAGAGUCUUCCAGGGUUUCCUCCAGGGAGAGAUGUUCCUCUGCGUAACCCUCUUGUUUUGGAUCAGCCCCCUGUCGCCCCAGGAUCACAGUCGUUCUCUACACCUUCGCGCUCGCCUCAAGAAAGUACACCAAUAUCCCCCAUAGCGUCCCCUAAAGCUAGACACGCACCAUACGAGUCUUUAAAUCCCAUCGCCCGUCCUGGUCCUAUCGGACCUCCUAGUUCGCAACAUCAAUGGCAACAUGACAACCGUGUCGCAGGGACCGUUGCCUGGAACAAUUUCCAUACAGUUGCUGCCAAGCGCGAAGCAGAAGAAAAUGAUAAACUUCGCAAUGAGAUGAACGCUACGCGCGAGGGACCAUCUUCUCUACAAGUAACUUUCAACGAGACUUGGCGGCAGGUACGGACUGGAGACCAAGCCGGGCAAAGACAGGUCGUUGGUAUAUCUAGAACAGCAGAUGCCAACGCAGCGAUUCCACCCAACCCUCUCCCAGGGUUGGAUCAUCCUGUUGGUCCUCUUCCAUUUACAGAGGCCAAUUCACGCCCUCUCGGCAGCGUUCCAGUUCGAAGUUCACGGUUCUUCCCACAGGCAUCCGAGCAGUACAAGAAGCCACCUUUUGCGGAAGGCGAUUUUAUUCGCAGCCCCUCACCACCACCACCAGAAGAAAUGUCAACUCAUCCGGUGUUCACAGGCAAUACCAACAAACCUUUGGUACACCUUCCUGCACCAAGGCCCAUUGUCAAACUUCCUCCAAAACUCAUCGCUCCACCACAACCUCCUCCUACCUUCGCAUCUAUGGCUGCUGCGCCGCCCCGCCCUCCUGUCUCUACUGCUACUUCAUGGCAGGAGAAAAUUAACACCCUAUUUGGCAAGAAGACAGUGCCUGAGAGGAAGACUGCCUUGGCCGUGACGUCUGCAUCCAAAGAACCCCUGGACGUAUUGCAUAUCGCCGCAGUUUCAGUCUCACUUCCCCAACAUGGCGAGCAACCAAUAGGAGACGGCGAGAUAACUGCUAAGCAGGUUGAAGAAACUGAAGAAAUUUUUGAGGACCGUGAAGUAGGGUCUCUACCUGUUGUUCGAGUACCUACCAGGGCUCCCCCUGCAGCUUGGCAGGCGGCGCCACCACCUUCGCAGUCGAGACUACGAGCUAAGCAUCUGAAGCUAAUGCAGGUUCAUAGCGUUGAACCUUAUUCAUUUGGUUUUCAUGAUAAAGAUGGCUCAGGAAAUUUACGGGUUUCAAUCCGUUUCCCAGGUACAAUUAUUGCGAAAACGGUGGCCCUCCCGAGGAAGGCAGGAAGCCAGAACCCCCGGCCGCGUGGAACUUCGAGCUAUAAGCCUCGAAAGAACACAAAACCUCGCGAAGGGUCUGUAGCUUCGACUUCCAAGAAAUCAUCUUCCCAACAAAACAAUGAAACAGGCUCCCCGCGGCACCAGUCGCGCAAUGCUUCCUGGGGCCCACGUACAUAUAGCGGGUCUCGUUGA